AUGAAAAAGCCAGUGCCUAAAGGCCUGAGAAGCAUACUUUUCCAUGAUGUGAGGGACAGCUUCUGCAAACUGUCUGAAGUUGGUGACAGCUCUGGGAAUGUCCACACUUUGAGCAAGCCAUACUGGUUUCCCUUGGUCUGUACUCUCAGCCUGAGCAAAUUCCUCCAAGCGGACUUCAAGGAGGUCAGCUAUCUUGAGCAGGCUGGGGCCUCCCGUCUCUUUCAUGGCAGUCCACAAAAGCCAUCAGCUACGUCCAGUUUCAGCUACAGUAGUCAUCAUCCAUCACCAUCUGGCUAUGCUCCCACAACUCCUAUGCCGAGGCAAUCUGGGAAUGAUACUCCAAAUCUCAAUACAUCCCUCUUUGCACCUUGGGGUUCAAGUGGUGGUGAAAGCAGUUCACUGGACAGACAGAAAGGGGAAGACACUUGGGUGACCGUUUUUGGCUUUCCCUCUGGUGCUACCUCAUACAUACUGAAUCAGUUUGGGGCUCUUGGCACAAUUGAUGAACAUGAUAUCCCUGGAAAUGGCAAUUGGAUCCACCUACAUUAUCAAACUCCACUCCAAGCCUCAAAGGCCCUAUCUCGCAAUGGACGUGUACUCACUAAUCACAUCAUGGUUGGAGUUCUUCGUGGUCGACACCCCCAUCCUUCUAUGAAUCAGCCAAUGGUGAAUUAUUAUUCACCAUUCACAGUGCAAGAUCUUGAUUAUGAAGCAAGGUUUUCAAUUGCAGGAUGUGACACUGGGGAUGAAUGGAGUGGAGAAAGUUGCAAACAGGAGCAGUACACCUCAGAAGAAGACAAACCUGGUUUCCCGAGCAAUGGAGUAUGUGUUGGGCUGGUGACACCUCUUCAUGUUAGGUCUCAUUUUCUAUUCUCAUUUCUUUAGCUUUCUGGUUCUAUCAUGCUCAAAGUCUUGUUUUUAGGGUUUUGAAAGCUUAAGACCUUGCAUUUGGUACCUGGUUGGAGCUGUUUUUGCUCUAUGCCUUGUCAGAAAGAUGGCUAAACAUCAUGAUUUGACACUCCUAAAUUAAAUUUGACAUGAAACAUUUCCAUUCCCAUAUUUUUCAUAAUUUCUUCCUUGACAAUGAUUUUGAACUGUCUGAAACUUUUGAACACAUCUGAUCCAAAUCCUUAUUGCACAUGCAAGCAAGAUCCUGUUAUGCAUCUGAUUUGUUAUGUCCAGGAAAAUAAUGCAGGAAUCUGGAUCAGUGGUCUGGUACGAUCCUUAAUAAAGAAAAGAUUAUAGAGAAUAUCAAAAA